UCAGAAACAGGUUGAGUUGUGAGUUGUGACACAAUCUGAAACCAAGUCCUUACCGAAAACUAGAGGCCAGUGUCGAGUGUGCGUUGCUUUGUUUAUCUCAAACAAAACAAACAACAACAGAGAGCAAGAGAAGAAGAAGAACAACAACAACAAAGCUCAAAACUAUGGCUGCAGAGUCACUGAGAGUGGCUACUUCUUCUCUUUGCAAUCUCAAUGGAUCUCAGAGGAGGCCAACCCCUCUCUCUCCAGUUCGCUUCGUCGGCAUGGAAAAGGGUUUUCGCCCUCGACCCUCUCGCUCCUUCGCUUCAUCUUCACUUUCACAGUUCUUUGGCCGUGCCCGAAUCAACUCCAAUUCUUUCACUUCACCCAAAAAUGGUCCUAGAAGAAGCUUCUCUGUUUUCGCCAUGGCCACUGAUGACACGAAGCGUGCUAUUCCCUUGAAGGAUUAUCGCAACAUCGGCAUCAUGGCUCACAUAGAUGCCGGAAAGACAACUACAACUGAAAGAAUCCUCUUCUAUACCGGAAGGAACUACAAAAUUGGAGAGGUGCAUGAGGGAACAGCAACAAUGGACUGGAUGGAACAGGAACAAGAAAGAGGGAUUACCAUUACUUCUGCUGCAACCACCACAUUCUGGAAUAAGCACCGGAUCAACAUCAUUGAUACUCCUGGUCAUGUCGACUUUACCUUAGAAGUGGAGCGUGCUCUUAGGGUGUUGGAUGGAGCUAUAUGCUUGUUUGACAGUGUUGCUGGGGUGGAACCGCAAUCAGAAACUGUGUGGAGACAAGCUGAUAAGUAUGGGGUGCCGCGAAUUUGUUUUGUCAAUAAAAUGGACCGUCUUGGAGCAAACUUUUUCCGAACGAGAGACAUGAUAGUAACAAACUUAGGUGCUAAACCACUCGUACUUCAGUUGCCAAUUGGUGCAGAAGAUACCUUUAAGGGAGUCAUCGAUCUUGUUAGGAUGAAAGCUAUAGUUUGGUCUGGGGAAGAGCUGGGUGCCAAGUUUGAUUAUGUAGAUAUUCCAGAAGAUCUUCAAGAGCUGGCCCAGGAUUAUCGAUCCCAGAUGAUGGAAAAUAUAGUUGAGUUCGAUGACCAGGUUAUGGAGAACUAUCUUGAAGGAAUUGAACCUGAUGAUGAAACUAUAAAAAAAUUAAUUAGGAAGGGAACCAUAUCAGCAAGUUUUGUCCCAGUGAUGUGUGGUUCAGCUUUCAAAAACAAGGGGGUCCAACCACUGCUUGAUGCUGUUGUGGAUUAUCUGCCAUCACCACUUGACUUACCACCAAUGAAGGGCACUGACCCUGAAAACCCAGAAGUGACGAUGGAGAGGUCAGCAAGUGAUGAUGAACCAUUUUCUGGACUAGCUUUUAAGAUCAUGAGUGAUCCAUUUGUAGGCACCCUUACAUUUGUCAGGGUGUAUGCUGGAAAGCUAAGUGCAGGGUCCUAUGUGCUCAAUGCUAACAAAGGGAAAAAGGAAAGAAUUGGUAGACUUCUAGAAAUGCAUGCAAACAGCAGAGAAGAUGUUAAAAUUGCUUUAGCUGGGGAUAUUGUUGCUCUUGCAGGUUUAAAAGAUACUAUUACCGGUGAAACAUUAUGUGACCCUGAUAGUCCGAUCGUGCUUGAGCGGAUGGACUUCCCUGAUCCUGUGAUUAAAGUUGCAAUUGAACCCAAAACUAAAGCUGAUAUUGACAGGAUGGCAGCUGGUUUGGUCAAGCUUGCACAGGAAGAUCCUUCUUUCCACUUCUCCCGUGAUGAAGAGAUAAACCAGACUGUGAUUGAAGGAAUGGGAGAAUUACAUCUUGAAAUCAUUGUUGAUAGAUUGAAAAGAGAAUUUAAGGUGGAAGCUAAUGUUGGCGCUCCCCAAGUAAACUACAGGGAAAGCAUUUCCAAAGUCUCGGAAGUGAAGUAUGUGCACAAGAAACAAUCAGGUGGACAGGGUCAGUUUGCAGAUAUCACCGUACGGUUUGAACCCAUGGAGCCAGGUAGUGGAUAUGAGUUCAAGAGUGAAAUCAAAGGAGGUGCUGUACCGAGGGAAUACAUUCCUGGCGUGAUGAAAGGAUUGGAAGAAUGCAUGAGCAAUGGUGUCCUUGCGGGAUUUCCAGUUGUUGAUGUACGAGCUGUACUCACGGAUGGUUCUUACCACGAUGUAGAUUCAAGCGUGCUGGCAUUCCAGUUGGCAGCUAGAGGAGCUUUUCGGGAAGGAGUUAGAAAAGCUGGACCAAGAAUGCUUGAACCUAUAAUGAAGGUUGAGGUUGUUACUCCUGAAGAACAUCUAGGUGAUGUAAUUGGUGAUCUCAACUCAAGAAGAGGCCAAAUCAACAGUUUUGGUGACAAGCCGGGUGGCCUUAAGGUGGUUGAUUCUCUAGUACCACUCGCUGAGAUGUUUCAGUACGUGAGUACACUCAGAGGGAUGACAAAGGGUCGUGCAUCCUACACAAUGCAAUUAGCCAUGUUUGAUGUGGUGCCUCAGCACAUUCAGAACCAACUUGCCUCAAAAGAGCAAGAAGUUGCUGCUUAAUGUGUUUCCUUGUCUCCUAAUGAGGUUCCCUUUGUUAGUUGUACUAUGUUCAUUGUCCAAUAUAGCUGGUUCUAAUUUUUUAUUUAUACUUCAAUGUAUAUUUCCUUGUACCACCAAUACAAGGUUAGCCAAGAAAUUUUCACCGAGGAAAAAGGAAUCAAAACGAUUUUUCUUACAUGAACUGUUACUGGGCAAAUAUUAAUGCUGUAAUGCAUUUAAUUUUUGGGAAAACAAGGUGAACACUUGGAUUAGCAGAAUCAUAGAGAACCAAUUUAGUUUGUAAUAUUGAUGUCUUUAAGUUGAGUGCUGUCCAUUCUGAAUGA